GAACGCAGCACAAAACGACAGCAGGCAGAGGUGAAAAGUCUGGAUCAUGUUUUCAUUCCAGCGGAGGCAUACUUGAACGAUAAAGGACACUGUAAAUAAAGACCAACAGGACGGUUUACAGAGCACGUCGAGGUUCUGUCAACAACACGAAGACCUUGAUGUUGUUUUUAGCAAACCAGCUAGCACAAGCUGAUAUUUGUUAGCUAGCUAACGGAGGACCCUGUUAGCUCACCGCCACCAUCAUCGCUCCCAGCCAGCUGUGCAUCGCCCUGUCUUCAUACGAUGGGAAACGCAGCGACUGCCAAGAAAGGCAAUGAGCAAGAAAGCGUGAAAGAGUUCUUAGCUAAAGCCAAAGAAGAUUUUUUAAGAAAAUGGGAGUGUCCACCCCAGUGCACAACAGGCCUGGAUGACUUCGAUAGAUUCAAGACUCUGGGUACUGGCUCAUUCGGGCGAGUUAUGCUUGUCAAACAUAAAGAAACAAACCACUUCUACGCCAUGAAGAUCUUGGACAAACAGAAAGUGGUGAAGUUGAAGCAGAUAGAACACACUCUUAAUGAAAAGCGAAUACUACAGGCCGUCUCAUUCCCCUUCCUCGUCAGAUUGGAGUACGCUUUCAAGGACAACUCAAACCUCUACAUGGUGAUGGAGUAUGUGCCUGGAGGAGAGAUGUUCUCACACCUCAGGCGUAUUGGAAGGUUCAGCGAAAACCAUGCAAGAUUUUAUGCAGCUCAGAUUAUACUCACCUUUGAGUACCUUCACUCGCUGGACCUCAUCUACAGAGACCUGAAGCCUGAAAACCUGCUCAUAGAUCAGCAUGGGUAUAUUCAGGUCACAGACUUCGGCUUUGCCAAAAGAGUAAAAGGCAGAACCUGGACGUUGUGUGGAACUCCUGAGUACCUGGCUCCAGAGAUAAUCCUCAGCAAGGGCUACAACAAAGCUGUGGACUGGUGGGCACUAGGAGUCCUUAUCUAUGAAAUGGCUGCUGGGUACCCUCCCUUUUUUGCUGAUCAGCCAAUCCAGAUCUAUGAAAAGAUUGUGUCCGGCAAGGUACGAUUCCCCUCUCACUUCAGCUCCGACCUGAAGGAUCUGCUGAGAAACCUGCUGCAGGUUGACUUGACAAAGAGAUUCGGCAAUCUGAAGAAUGGCGUGAAUGACAUCAAAAAUCACAAGUGGUUCUCCACAACAGACUGGAUUGCCAUAUAUGAGAAGAAGGUUGAAGCCCCCUUCAUGCCAAAGUGCAGAGGACCAGGAGACACAAGCAACUUUGACGACUACGAAGAGGAGGAAAUACGUGUCUCACAAACAGAAAAGUGCGCAAAAGAGUUUGCUGAUUUCUAGUGAGAGUGGGCAGGAGUCCUCAUAAGGUCUCACACAUUUUGGAUAUUUGCACUCUCCUGAGGGUUAAUGUGGAACUGAGGCAGUCUCGUUUCCAAAAUCCAAUGCCUCGUUCCUUCAUUCCACACAGCUGAAUGAGGUCCUUCUUGCCAUGAUCCUGCGUGCAGUUAGCACUAACCUAUACACAGGCACAUUAUGCAGACACCCCCCCGUGCUGCAACACAAAAAUACUAGACCACGUUUUAAGUUUUUGUCUCAUUUUUUGUUUGCCACUUCUGAAAAGCCUCCCUUCUUUUAUUUUUGAUUCACAUGAUUAUUUGAAAAGCGACAUUUAAAGUUAUAACCAUUUACGUGUGGCACAAAGAAAGAUUGUAUUAGCCGGUAUUGCACAUAUUGUGAUAUAAGCUUUGAGAAAAUAGAAGGGUUGUUUUGUUUGCUUUUCCAACAUUGUUUUUUUGCUUGUUAUUCGUUGUCCGUUACACGCUGGCGUUUGUUUAAGGUUCAGUCAGUAAGUCACUGUUCAUCAAUACUUAAACAUAACCCAGAAUUCAUUUAUUCAUCAUUUUGGUGUCCUUAUGACCUAGAAUCAUGUGUUUGUGCAUAUAAGAGUAUACAUAUAUGAGACAUAAGAUUUUUCAAACAAAAAGGUGUUUAUUGAAGGAAAAAGCAACUCUGAUGACUCCACAGAGAGAUGGAUUAACAAUGGCAAGUGUCAUUACGGAGCAGAACCUUGUCAGUGCUGUAUUUACUGAUCAAUUGUAGCAUUGUUCCAUCCAUAUCCAGUCACAGGAAAUUUACUUUUACCUCAGGCAUGGUGUGGUAUUAAAAGUAUUUGAAUGAGAUGAAAUAACUUUCAGGUACAAUUCUGUUUCACAUGACAGGAAAUCUGAAGCUGUUUGAGUUUGUCACUUCAAACAUCUGUCUUUGGUACGUCCAAAAAUCAAUGAAGUGCAUUGAAAUUGCAUUUUUCAACAGCUGAAAGUUUGAAAGUUUGUGUUAUUUUCUUAAGAGUAUGCUGUUGUGAAUGCAAAGCAGUGUUGGUCAGGGCGUAUUUUGGUCAUUCUGGGUUGCUUUUAAAUUUUGUUUUUGAAGUCUAAAGCUUUAGCACCUCACUCAAAAGACAAUGUGUAAUUGCCAUAUUUGUUUUACUUUCAUUUUACAUUUGCAUGUAAGUUGUUUGUAUAGCAGUGUCACAACAAGCUAAUAUUCCCUGAAAGUGUUCCCAUUUUCUUUGGGUUCUUGUUGUUUUGAUUGUUACUUUUUUUUUGUAUUAUUUCACAGCGAGGCACAUCAAUGCUUUAGAUUUGUAUUGCCACUUUUAUCUGAGUGACAUAUUCCUCUGCAUAAUCCAGUGAAGCAAAACUAUAUCAUUAACCAUGAACUAAUAGUAACAAAAAACUGAUAUAUCAUAACCUUGAAGUAUUCAUUCAUCUUGGUUGAAGCACAUAUUAACUUUAGCUUUCAGGUUUCUUUGCAGCAUUUGUUUUUUUACCAGUUUUUACACUGUGAUGGAGCACUCUUUGCUCACUCUUCCUCUCCAGUCUGCUGAAGCUGAGUCUUGUCAGUUAAAAGAAAGUAACAGACAACAAUGCUGUUGUCGGUUACUUUUCUCGUUACAUGUUUUCAAAGGGAAUAAGGUGAAGAGUCUGUUUUAUGAAGAACAUUUUGUGGUUGUAAAUCACUCCUGUUAAGUUAUUGUCUACAUGCAUUUAAUCGAUCUUCCCAUCCCCUCUGGACUAUGGGGGAUUUGUUUGACACUGGGCACCAUUAUUUUCCAUUUAUUCUGACACAUUGCCUGUCUCAGCUUGAUCAUGUGUAUUUAACACCCAGUACUUGCAGGGCCAAGAUUUCCACAUGUUGACCUUAGUAGCAGAGAAGCUCCAAUUUCUCCUGCUUCUGUAAUCUUUCAUUCCCUAUACAGGAAAGUUGGUCUGCAGUCAACAGAGAGGUCAGAGUUGUUUUGUUUUUUUUCAUUUUCACAUCCUGAUGGAAACAGUAAUUCAUUCUUGACAGACGUCCUAUUCAGUCUUUCAGCAUAGAAUUUGAUCAUUAUUUCACACGGUGCUUAAGUGUUUGUAGAUGAGAAAAUGCAAUUUAAUCAAGUUCAACAAUCUAAACAACCAAAUGUGGGGAAAAAGAUUUGGGGACUGAAUGAUUUUUUUAAAAAGGUACUGGCGUACUGUAUAUGGGCAUUGGCUAUCCCUGAUUUUAGAUAUUUUGUUAUGUAUUCAAAUAAUGAUGUGACUUUAUUUAAUCUUGAAUUCAUUUUUAAGGAGACGCCUGUUUGUUACUUUUCCUAUUUUUAUUUAUAUUAGAGAUGUCUAAAAAAUUACAUUUUUUAACUUGCAUAGCCCUCAGUAUAUUUUGGCAGACUAAAACUGUUUAAUUUAAGUGUUUAUAAACAGUUAAUAUGUUUGGAUUAUUUAUUUAUUUAUUUGCCCCUUAUGGAAAACAAAACCUUAACAAAUUUUGCCACACAUGCCUAUUUAAAUUGUAGCCUCUUACUAUUAUAACCUAUUAUUUGCUUCCCUUUGUUACAUUUUAAAUUCCUCUCUUCAAUUUCACUUCAUCAAGGAUGAUAGGAAAUUAAUUUACCAGUUUGAAGGAUUGAACAGAAUGUAACUGCAGAAACUUUUAGUUUUUUUAUUCAGACUCAUUUUUGAAAACUGCACCAGGGAAAUUUGCAUGUUUCAGUCCAAACUGCCUGUGCAUAAACCUUCCCAGAGAGUUUGUAGAACAUCCACAGCUCCUUAUAUGUGUCAUUUAUCCCCACCAUGUGUGUGAUAAUGUUUUUCAUAUUUGAUGUAAUAUGAUGGCACUUUUCCCUGAGCCACACACACACUCCUGACUGAAGAAAAUCAGUUUAAAUUGUUCAUAGCUAGUCACAUGCCAAUAUGGGAUCAAUUAUCUGAAAUAUGUCUGUAUUUAGUUUGUGGGAUAUUUUGCACAUCAUUUAGACGGCUGACACGUUUUUCCCACCCAUAUUUACUUGUUUUUUGCAAGGGGAAUAUUCUUUGCUGUAGCAGAUUUUAUGUAACAAAGGAUAUGUCACUAUAAUAAAUUCUUUUUAUUAAAAGCA